AUGUGGAGGUCCUGGACUGGUGUGGAGGUCCUGGACUGGAUGUGGAGGUCCUGGGCUGGAUGUGGAGGUCCUGGACUGGAUGUGGAGGUCCUGGACUGGAUGUGGAGGUCCUGGGCUGGAUGUGGAGGUCCUGGACUGGAUGUGGAGGUCCUGGACUGGGGUGGAGGUCCUGGGCUGGAUGUGGAGGUCCUGGACUGGUGUGGAGGUCCUGGACUGGAUGUGGAGGUCCUGGACUGGAUGUGGAGGUCCUGGGCUGGAUGUGGAGGUCCUGGACUGGAUGUGGAGGUCCUGGACUGGAUGUGGAGGUCCUGGGCUGGAUGUGGAGGUCCUGGGCUGGAUGUGGAGGUCCUGGGCUGGAUGUGGAGGUCCUGGGGUGGAUGUGGAGGUCCUGGGCUGGAUGUGGAGGUCCUGGGCUGGAUGUGGAGGUCCUGGGCUGGAUGUGGAGGUCCUGGGCUGGAUGUGGAGGUCCUGGGCUGGAUGUGGAGGUCCUGGACUGGUGUGGAGGUCCUGGGCUGGAUGUGGAGGUCCUGGGCUGGAUGUGGAGGUCCUGGGCUGGAUGUGGAGGUCCUGGGCUGGAUGUGGAGGUCCUGCUGUGGUUACACGUGUGGUCUGCGGUUGUGA